CCGCUGCCACGCGGAAGUGUGAGCAAAGGCCCGCCCCCAGGGCUCUGCAAAUGACGUCGGGCGGUGUGGGGCUAGUGGCGUAGACGCCGGCAGUCCUUCGUCUCAUCCGGUAGCUUCUGGCUGUCCGGCGCCGGCCCUGCGGCCAUCUUGGGCUUCGCUUCCACCCGCUCCGGCCAGCCUGCCCAGCCCUUCCGUUGUCGCGCUGCUCCGGGGCUCUACACCGGUCCGUGUCUUCGAGAAAGUCGCCGCCGCGGGAGGGCCCCUAUCUAUGGUGGAGAGGCCUCGCGCGGACUAGGACGCCUCCUUCCCGCCAGGAUGGAUGUCGCCUCAGUCGUCGCCUCCUGCGCGGGCCGCUCUGCUCUGUGGUCUGCCGCCCGUUGCCGAAGCCGCUGCCCUCUGUGGCUCUUCUCCUGGCGCUGGGAUCGGCCUGGAGCACCAACUCCGCCGCUGGGCGAGGCCAAGUCUGUCUAGGCCUCUUCCCGAAUCCCAUCCGGCCCGCCGCGGCUGAACCCCGCCGUCCUACCCGAGAGACUGCCACGAAAAAGAAGAUGGAGCCGGCGACACACGGAUCGCGGAAACGGGCGGCCCCUGGGGCGGGCUCCUGGUUCCGGCUGCCCUUCUUGCUUCGGCGUUCGCAAGCAGGCUUUUCCAGAUUCCCGGUACAUUCUGCUCCUGCAAACUCCGGGGACCCCACACUGCCUUCCUCUUCCCAGCCCGAGGCUCGGACCGGCUACUGGGCGAAGCUGCUUUCCCAGCUCCUUGCACCGCUCCCCAACUUGCUGCAGAAGUUGCUGAUUUGGAUCCAGCUUUUCAGUGGCAUGAUUCCCACCAGAUGGCUAGAUUUCGCCGGAGGCUACAGCGUCCUGAGAGCCUUGAGGGGACGGGAGGAAACAGCCGCCCCCGCAGUGCAGAAAUCUUUGAGUUCGCUAAGGCUUGACCCGCUGGACAGCUCGGUUGCCAGUCCCCUUGAUUGGCUAGAGGAGGGGAUCCUCUGGCAGUGCUCAUCCUCAGACCUAGAAUUGGAACUUAAAGCCGAGGGAAAGACUUUGGACCCUGCACCACUCGCAUUUCUCCAGGAGCAGCAGCUUUGGGGAGUGGAGCUGUUGCCGAGUAGCCUUCAAGCCCGUCUGUUCUCUGACCGAGAACUUGGCUCUUCGCCCUCCGGGCCUCUAAACAUUCAGCGCUUAGGCAGUUUGAACGUCGUCGCCUAUGUGCUGAACCCCACCUACUUGGACUGCCUUCCCCGGCUAGAGCUCAACUAUCAGAACAGCCCUGGAAAUGGCGAGCUGGUUGAUUUCCAGGCACUGACCCCGGAGAGCAGCUGCCUUUCUGAGGACCGGUGUCAUCCCCAGCCAUUGCGUGCAGAGAUCUCUGCAGCCUCGUGGCAGGGUUGCUCACCUCUGUCUAGAGAAGGCUUGCCUGAAAUCCAGCAUCUUCGUAUGAAACGGCUGGAGUUCCUUCAGCAAGCUAGCAAAGGCCAAGAGUUACCCACCCCUGACCAAGAUAAUGGCUACCACAGCCUGGAGGAGGAACACAACCUUCUCCGAAUAGAUCUGAACCACUGCGCGGAUGACCCCACACAGCCUGUUCCCUUUAAGGGAACCAUUCCUGGAGCCCAGGAGCCCACUGAGGAAAAAAUAGAAUUGUUGACUAAAGAGGUUCCACUUGGUUUGGAAAAACAAGGCCCUUCUGAAAGCUGUCCAUCUUGUGAGAUACCUGAGGGGAGAGAGCCUGAAGAGGACCAGAUCAGUGUGGUUGACUCCUCAGAUAUAGAAGAUGACCUUCCCGUUUCUGCCAGACCAGCUUGUAGUAACAGAUUGAUAGAUUACAUUUUGGGAGGUGCAUCCAGUGACCUGGAAACAAGUUCUGAUUCAGAAGGGGAGGACUGGGAGGAGGAAGCUGAGGAUGAUGGUUUUGAUAGUGAUGGCUCACUGUCAGAAUCAGACUUUGAACAAGAUUCUGAAGGGCUUCACCUUUGGAACUCUUUCUACAGUGUAGAUCCUUAUAAUCCCCAAAACUUUACAGCAACACUUCAGACUGCUGCUAGAAUUGUUCCUGGAGACCAUUCUGAUUCAAGGAGGGAUUGGUCUGACAAGUGUGAUGUAGGGAAUUCUCCCCAGUCUGAAAUCCUUCCGGAGACCUCUGACCAUAAUUCUGGGGAGGAAGAUGACUGGGAAUCUAGUGCAGAUGAGGCAGAAAGCCUGCAACUGUGGAAUUCUUUCUGUAAUUCUGAUGAUCCCUACAACCUUUUAAAUUUUAAGGCUCCUUUUCGAACAUCAGGGAAAAAAUGGAAAGGCUGUCACGAUCCCGAGAGCCCAUCCGAGUCUAUGGUGGCCAUUUCUGAGUGUCACACCUUACUUUCUUGUAAGGUGCAACUGUUGGGGGGCCAAGAAGAAUGUCCAGACUUGAGACAGCGUGCGGUUCCUUCUGGAGAAAGACACAUGCAUAUCAAAAGAAAGAAGGUAACCUUCCUUGAAGAAGUUACUGAGUAUUAUAUAAGUGGUGAUGAGGAUCGCAAAGGACCUUGGGAAGAACUUGCAAGAGAUGGAUGCAGAUUCCAGAAACGAAUUCAAGAAACAGAAGAUGCUAUUGGAUAUUGCUUGACAUUUGAGCACAGAGAAAGAAUGUUUAAUAGACUCCAGGAAAUGUGCUUCUAAGGACUUAAUGUUUCUGAGUAAAGUUAAGAUGAGCUGACAGCCUGUAGACCUAGUAUACACUACCUCUUAGUUGAGAGGUUUCUUUUUAAAACAAAUACUGGCAGCUGUCUUUUGACUUAAAAAAUUUUUUUUCCCAACAUAUCCCACUUAGAAUGUGCAGGUUUAAGUCAGCCCUGAGAGUGAAGGAUGUGUGAUUUUUUUUUUUUUUUCAAUCUUCCUUUUUUUGAUAUAGUUGAAUGUGUUUUUAACAUCCUUUGCUUGAGGUGAAAAGGGGACCUUUAAAUUGUAAUUUUGCACUUUCAGAACUUAAUUUCUUGGGAAACAAUAUUUAUAGGGCUUUAAAGUCCAUUUUUAGUUCUAGUUUAAAUUUUGUAUGCUUAUCAAAACACUUCGGGCUCGCUCUUUUUCCCCAUCAUCUGAAAUUAAUGGGCUUUUAUGUUUUUCUGUACUUUUUUAUUUCAGUGAUUUGGCCUGUCUGCCUUACAGUAAAAAAAUAAUCUUGUAUAUGUAAUCAACUUAAAAGUACAUUGUCUUUUUUUAAAAAGUACUUUAUCUUUUUUCCACUCUUUCCCUCCUCCUUUAAAAAUGACUGGUGGAAAAUGCGUGGUGGAUUUUUUUUUUUUCUCCAUAAAGUUCUACUUAAUAUAUUUCCAGGGACUACCACAAAACAUGCACAUGUGGUACUCUCUGCUACUUUGGGAAAGCUGCAUCUUUCUGCCAAAUUUUAACCUCUAAUAUAUUUGAUUUCUGUGCAAACUGUUCUUUGGAGAGGUUUCUGAAUAUGUUAUUGUAGUUCCCAGUUGAAUGUGAUUCUUUGUAUCAUUCAACAGGUAGAAAUUGUAAAAUGCUCUAGCAAGUAGUAAUCCCAUUGCAGGAAUUUAUUUUUUAAGCUUAAAAGCCGAGAAUUUUCUUGGGAGGAAGGUAGGAGACAUCUCAGAGUAAUUUGGUUUUGUUGUAUAUUGUGCUCUCAACAGAAAACCAGUGUUAAUAUCAUGCCUCAGCACUGUCACUUUAAAAUCCUGUCAGGGUGACCUGUAAACUUGGAAUUGGGCAGUUGAAUUUUCAAGUUUGAAGUAUAAAAUACAAACUUUAGGUCAUAUCCAGUUUUAUUAUUUUCUAUUUUAAUAAUGAGAGAAGCAGUGGUUAGGCCUGUACUUUCAUGAAAGCAUAAACUAUAGAUUUAACAUCUAGAAAGUCUUAAUAUCUUUAGCCCAAGUUGACUUUUGAAGUCUUUGCAUUGAUUGGUUGCAUACAUGGUGCGUAUCUGUUAGGCUGAAGGAAUAUUAACCAACUCUCAAAGGGUCUAUUUUUCUGCCAUGUGCCUCCCACCACAGGUAAUGGAAAAACCUAAGUGGAACAGAAGAUCACUUAAUUUUGAACUUACUCCAGUGUGGGGAUGAACUUUCAACAGAAGUGCUUACAGGGUUACUACCUCAGUUUAUAAUCUACUUGGUCAUUGAUUUAUUUCUGUCUGGUUUGCUCCAAGCUGGCUCCAGUGUUGGUACUUACAUAUUCAUUCAUACACACACUGAGAGUGCAUCACCAUAAAAGUUGGUCCCAAUUUUGCAGAGCCCUUAUUCUGUGUGUUAUGUAACAGUCCAUUUUAAUUGUGACCAUGGGGGAUGCAAAUACAGAGUCCAGUAUAAUGCCAUGAAAACAGGCUAGACUCAGGCACCAGCUGUUAGUUGGGAAGCAGGCACAUUUGCCUAGACUUCGUGACAAUGCAGAUAUUCUUUUGACUGAAGCAUAUUGUUCAGCGACUUGGUUGUGUUUUGUGUUUCUAAAAUCUAGCACUCUGCAUAUUUGAAAUAAUGGAACAUCUUUACAUUCAUUGGACUUUGGAAAAUUGUUUCCUUGGGAUUGUGCCCUCACUAUCCAAUGAGCAAGAGCUUGGUUAAGAAUUCUCCCAUUUGCUCUCCUCCUUCAGGAGGGAUCAUUUUAAUAUUGACCUGGAAGAGAAAAAAAUUGAAGUCAGUUUCAUCCCAAUCCUAGAAGGUAAAGUAAAUAAGCCCUUCCCCCACUCUUAAAAUCCUGGGAGGUUUUAAGUGAACAUUUUAUACAUUAAAGUCUUGUAAUGGUGCUUUCCGUGUAAAUGUAGCAUGUGAAAGACUUUGUACAGACAGGUGUAAUUUCCACUUCUGAGUGAUGAAAUGUGAUAAUAACACCACCUCCUCUGUAACUUGAAAUCAAAACUCUCAGAUUUUAUUUUUUUAUAAUUUAAGGAGGGUGACAUUAAGGGACUAGAAGACUUUUAAAUUGGCUCUUCAGUGAUUUAAAUGUAACCAGUUGUUGGGAUUUUAUAUAGCUAAAAUUAUAUUUGUGUAUAUAACUUAACCUGUAAAUUGUAAUAAAUAUAUUUGCAAUUAUUAAAUGUUAAAUGAUA